CUAUAAAUGCUCUCUAUUUUAUGUGCGCACAAACUCAGUUGGGUUACAACAACAUUUGCCAUCUCUAGUCUUCGAUCUCUGCCACCAAAACUCUUCAAUUCCCUUCCCAAAAAAAAAAAAAAAAAAAAAAACACUCAAAUGGGUGUGUUGAAUUCCACAAGUUCGAUCAAUUGGGAACAGGAAUCAUACCCAAUGUCCAAAGACUUGGUUCUCGUUCCUCUCUUUGCUCUCUUCUUCCUUUCACUUCGACUUUUUCUUGACAGAUACGUUUUUGAGAAUUUAGCUAGACAAUUGAUAUUUGGAAAGAGGCACGCUGUAUUGGACAACUCAACACAUGAUAAGAGGAAGAAAGUCAAUAAAUUCAAAGAGUCAGCAUGGAAAUGUGUUUAUUUUCUUUCUGCGGAGCUUAUAGCCCUUUCUGUCACCUAUGAUGAGCCUUGGUUCGCAAAUACCAAAUACUUUUGGGUAGGACCUGGAGAUCAGGUCUGGCCAGAUCAGAAAAUUAAAUUAAAAUUGAAGGGAUUGUACAUGUAUUCCGCCGGAUUUUAUUUGUACUCCACCAUUGCUUUGGUCUUUUGGGAAACAAGACGUUCAGACUUUUUGGUAUCCAUGGCUCAUCAUGUAGCAACUGUUAUAUUAAUCACAUUGUCAUACAUAUUUAAGUUUGCUCGCGUUGGUUCAGUUAUUAUAGCUGUCCAUGAAGGAAGUGAUGUGAUUCUGGAAGUUGCAAAGAUGUCAAAAUAUAGUGGCUUUGAGGGGAUAGCAAGCAUUUGUUUCGUUAUUUUCGUUUUAUCUUGGACUAUACUCCGCCUUAUCUACUACCCAUUCUGGAUAAUUCGGAGCACUAGCUAUGAAGUUCUUUUGACCUUGGACAUGGAGAAGCACAAGAUUGACGGAACUGUAUAUUAUUAUUUGUUUAAUACUCUUCUGUUCUGCUUGCUCAUUCUUCAUAUCUAUUGGUGGAAGUUGAUGGUUGUAAUGCUGGUGAAUCAAAUUCAUGCAAGAGGGCAGAUCAGUGAUGAUGUUAGAUCUGAUUCUGAAAGUGAUACUGAACACAAUGAUUGACAAUCAAGAAAUAUUGAAGAACACCAAGGGCUUUUUGCAAUGAUAAUUUCCUUGCUUCAGCAUGAUUUAUGCUGCUAUUCUUCAUGCAGAUAUUUACAAAUAAGGUGGAAGCUGGUGAUUUUGAGGAUAUAUACGUUUCUAUACUACUUUCUCCCAUCAGAACACUAAGAUACACUGGGUUUUACUGGUCUGUUAUUUCUAAAAUUUGUGUAUGAGGAAGACAAGUCUCUCUCUCCCCCCCCCCCCCCCCCCGCUUUUUCCUUUUCUUUUUUGGUUACUUUCAAGGAAAUUCUUUUUCUAGGUUAGACAGUAACUAAACUGUAAAAUUCAACCAUCCUAUAUUCAAAAUAUUCUUGACAAGCUAAAUUACAUGGGUUUCAGCCGGCUUACUGUUGAUAGGGAACUAUAUAGUAUUUUAGACAACAUUGAUGAUGGAAGGAGAUUUGAAGCCUGUAUACAAGAACUGAUUAUCAUUUUUAAUGUUAUCAGGCUGAGAAUGUUUUUGUA